AAAUGGCGCCACGAACGACCGUCCCCGUUCGUUAGCAGCUAAGCUAACCGGCGCGCCGGACCAAAACAAGAUCAUGUUUGGGGGGUUAUUUAACGACGAAGUGACUCUUGAAAGAAUUGACGUGACCACCACGAAAGAGGGGAAGUAGAGACUUACAGCGGGACAGCACUACACUGGACCAAAGUAGCAUCGUUACAAAGAAUAAUUAGCGUCAACUCCAAGCACGGCUUGAAGAAUCGCGCUCGCGGAGCCUCGUGCCACCAAACGGCGCUCGCUCGCGUCGCAAGUCAAAAAGCGGGCCCGUCGGGUCGUCGCCGAGGUUCCGACCCGCACGUCUGCGGGACGCUGAAGCGAGUUGGUUUUGCGCACCAGGGGAUGAGCGUCGGGCCGAGAGACGGGGCCGGUCGCCUCGACGACGCCCUGUCCCGCAUCGCCACGGAGACGCGACAGAUCCGAGAGCUGGAACGGCAGCUGACGUACGGGCGGACUUUGGCCGACGAGCUCCCGCAGGAGGACCCGGACGGGAUCCUGGGCUGCCUUCCCAAAUACCUCCGAGGACUUCGACUGGAGGUCAGCGACCUGCAAGCUGAGAACGAAGCUCUUCAGCGCCGCCCGGAGGCCACUCGGACUCGCCGCAGACGGCUCACGGACUCGGAGGCGCCGGCGGCGCUGAAGACGGAGGCUCGCGCUCUGGAGAGGCAGAAGGCGGAGCUAGAGGCGGAGCUGAGGAAUCUGAGGGAGGAGCUAAACCCACGUUUCAGACUGGGACAGCGACCCAGCACCUACCAAAAAAAGGAGCAAAAGCAGCCGGACCGGAACCGUGUAGCCCAGCUAGAAGACCGCGUGACGCGAUACCGGGACCGCGUCGUCCGGCUGCGAGACCGGGUGACCCGAUACCGGGACCGGGUAGCCCGACCGGAAUCUGGGAAACCGGGAAGUGUCGCGCACGGGAGGACGUCCUGUCGUCCGUCGGGGGACGCCGCGCGCGUUCGCGCGGACCCGUCGGCGUCGCCCCCGCGACGCCACACGGACAAAGAUGACUCCACAUGGGCGCGCGUGUGCGGCGAAGUGCGUUGCGUGGAGCGGACGCUGGAAAAAAGACGAGCGGAACUUCGCGAGGCCGACAGACGGCUGACGGCCGCGCGGGCGCGUCUACGCAGCCAGGGGGCGGGGCCACGCGCGUCCUGCCGCCAGACGGCGCCGGGCCACAGCCUUUUCAACAGAAUUCUUUGCGACAAGGAGGCGGAGCUCGGCAACGGGACGAGGGCGGAGCGUCGGCGCCCGAGCCGAGAGGAGGCGGAGCUGAGGAAUCGAGAUGCGGCGUCCCGCGAGCUUUGCGCCGCCAUACAUAAACUUUCCGAGCUCACGUCGGCGUGUCGGGAGGAUCGCGCGCGUUUGGACCGGAUGGUCACUCGGGUGGCGCCAAAAACCGCAUCCGAACAUCCGGCGACGAAAACACCAAAGGUCGACUGCCAAGCUGCAACGCACGCCCGCAUCACGUUAACGCGUCGUCGCCGGUGAAAGUUUAACCCAACCGUUGUCACCCGCAUAUUUCUGCCAGCUUGUAAACUCGGGAUUCGAACCCGCAAACUCACAAGCAAAAAAAAAAAAAAAAUCCCCCUACAUUUUCUCAACGACUUGGAUUGGAUUUUGGAACACUGCGCAACUCUUUAUGCCGGGUCGUGACCACAGUUUUUAUUCUUGAUUUUGAAAGUUUUCAAUUCAGUUUUUGUGGA